GCGCAUGCGCACAGCUUCACUGCCCAUGGAGCCGGUGCCCAGCGCUCCUAAGCUCAGCGCUCUCUGGUGACCUAAGGGACUCAACAGUCGGCGAUGUCCGAGCUGCCGGGAGAGAGCAGGGUCCCCAACCUGAGCCCCAUGAACGGCAUCGGCGACGUCCUGCAGGGGGGAGUGGGCGGAGGCAGUUGGAUCCCCGAGGCCCAGGAAGGCCCUCUGGCCGAGCCGCCCGGCCCAUGGUGCGAGCCCCGGGCCCGUUUCCCAGGCGACUCCCCGGCAUGGCGGGGCCUGCUGGCCGUGCCGCACUUCCACCCGCCGCUCCGCCUUCUAGAGCUGCACGAGCAGCGGAUGUUCCAACACUACCUGCACACCACCCUGAUCCCCACCAGGCUGCUGCGCGACAUCGAGGAGCGCCGCCGGCUGUUCGUGGAGGGCUGCAAGGCCCGGGAGGCGGCCUUCGACGCAACCCCCCCGCAGAUGGACUCGGACGGCGCCUUCACGCUGGCGCUCACCGCCUCCGACGCCCGCGGCCCCACCGCGACUGAGUGGUGGCCGUCGCCUAUAACCCCAGCCCUCAGGAGGGAGGAGGCUGGAGGAGUUGGAGGCCAGCCAGGGCUACAGGAGACUCUGUCUUUAAAAAAAUAAAGAUUGGUGGCCAGGAAGUCAGGUGACUCUUAGGAUCAAAGGCAGAAGUCUGGGCAGAUGUCAUGAGGUGGGAAAUCCAAGCAGAGUACAGCCAUGGGCAGGGUGGAAUGAAGCAGGACCAGAAGAGGUGGACACUCCAGGCUUGAAGCUGGCUGGCAAAGAGGACCCUUCUGAUCUUUUUUCCCUCCCUGCAUCUGUGGAAAUUCAAGGUUGCUUCACCACUGUAAAAGGACGAUGGUUUUGCAAAGAUGAAGUCUAAGAAUUACCAAUGGGGAAAAAAUAGAAAUCGACCGAGAUACAGGGAGAACCAGGGAGAUUGGUUCUUAGAUACAGUUGCUCCUGGGUUUUCCUGGCGUCAGAAGGCUGUUGAGACAACUUGGACAUUUCAGAACUGAGGGGCUAGCUCAUUGUCAGCUGACAAUCUCAAUGUGCCGUUAAUGCUUGUGUUGAUGUUCUGUAGACAAGUUGUAAAUAUUCAGAUAGGGAAAAGUAUGUGUUUGUGAGAUGACUAUUUCCAAGACCAUGUGUAAUUGUAUCUAUAUGGUAAUAGAUUUAAUAUUUAAAUAAUAGGUGUACAGUCAUAAGACUCAAAAGCAGCAAAAGAUGCUAUGGGAAUUUAAACCUUUCUCUCUGCCAAACUGAAAACUGUCUGAGCAAGCAUCCAUAGUGAUUUGGGUUGGGGUGGGGAGGUUGAUUGUUUUCUGAA